GACGGAUUUGUGAGACUCAUGGAGGGUUUACCAAAUAGUCCGUGAUAUAAAGGUAUCUCAAGAAACUGAUUUCUGCAGAUACUGUUGAACGCAGCACAGCAAGUACGUCACGUUUUCCUCAGCGCACUUUGUCCCACCUACUGGCCAGACAGCCAAUCAGAGCGAAGCAACCACCGGCAUUUUCUCAGGCAGGGAGUCCUAUCCAUGUUGGGCGCCAAGUCUGAUCAGCUGAACAGACACUAUUUGAGUAACGUAAUAGUCUCUCAGAAAACCCGCCGACUGUUUGUUCAACAUGGAUUGUCCAGUGCGCCCAAUAGAAGAGGAUUUGUCCCCUGGCGUAUUUAAAACGCCACAGAAACGGUUGUCUGCUGUCCCCCAGCUGUACUCGGACUUUAUGCGAUGGGAUGUCGAGGACACAUGUCAAUUUCUUCGAGGGCAGGGGCUCCAAGAAUGGACGGGCACUUUUAGAGAACAUGGAAUAACUGGUGUUGGACUGCGUGAACUUACUGAAGAGCUUUUGCAGAAAAUGGGUAUUAGCCCGCUAGGUGUCCGCCUAGAAAUUCUGCACAGUAUUAAGAAGCUCAAAAGUUCUUCAAUAAUCCCCUCCAAGGUGUUUAAUGACCCCAUCCACGGACACAUUGAACUCCACCCUCUUCUGGUCAAAAUCAUGGACACACCUCAAUUCCAACGACUGAGGAACAUCAAGCAGCUCGGAGGGGCCUACCUUGUAUUCCCCGGAGCAUCUCAUAAUCGCUUCGAGCAUUCCAUUGGAGUUGGGCACCUGGCUGGAAGACUUGUGCGCUCUCUGAACGAGAGGCAGCCUGAAUUGCAGAUAAAUACCAGAGACAUCCUCUGUGUGCAAAUCGCUGGCCUGUGUCAUGAUCUAGGACAUGGACCUUUCUCUCAUAUGUUUGAUGGGAUGUUCAUUCCUAAAGCACGUCCAGGAUUCAAAUGGAAGCACGAGACUGCAUCACUAGCCAUGUUUGACUAUCUGGUUGAGGAUAAUGACCUAAUGCCGGUGAUGGAGGAGUACGGGCUGGUUCUACCGGAGGACCUUGUCUUCAUCAAGGAGCAGAUAGGUGGACCCCAGGUCUCCAUUGACUCUCCCAGCAGAGGGUGGCCAUACGAAGGCCGUCCAGAGGAGAAGUCUUUCCUGUACGAGAUCGUGGCCAACAAAAGGAACGGCAUCGAUGUGGACAAAUGGGAUUACUUUGCGAGAGACUGCUAUCACCUGGGCAUCAAGAAUAACUUUGACUACCACCGCUUCCUCAAGUUUGCCAGGGUGUGUGAUGUGGAAGGGGAGAAGCACAUCUGUACCAGAGACAAGGAAGUGGGCAAUCUGUAUGACAUGUUCCACACGAGAAACUGUCUUCACAGAAGAGCCUACCAGCACAAAGUAGCCAACAUUGUUGAGACUAUGAUCACAGAGGCAUUUUUAUUGGCAGACAAACACCUCCAAUUCGAGGGGUCGGAUGGGAAAAUGUUCACAAUGUCCACAGCUAUAGAGGACAUGGUGGCAUACACCAAGCUGACUGACCACGUCUUUGAAAGGAUCCUCUACUCCUCCCUGCCGGAGCUGCAUGAGGCCAGGGAGAUCCUCCGCAACAUCGUCUGCCGUCGGCUCUACAAGUGUGUGGGCCAGACACAGGCUGAAAGGCCCAUCGUACUCACAGAGGAGAUGCGUCUGAAUUGGGCAGGCGAGGUGGCCAAAGCCACGCCGCAGAACGGCAGGCUGAACGACGUCGUCCUGAGGCCAAAGGACCUCAUUGUCCACAUUAUCUCCAUGGACUAUGGCAUGAAGGAGAAGAAUCCCAUCAAUAGUGUACGCUUUUACUGCAAGAGUGACCCCUACAAGGCAAUUCAGAUCCGCAAGAACCAGGUGUCCAAGCUCCUCCCAGAGCACUUUGCGGAGCAGUUGAUCCAGGUGUACUGUAAGAAGACUGAUGAGAAGAGCCUGGGGGCGGCCAGGAAGCACUUUGUCCAGUGGUGCAUGGACAAAAACUUCUCAAAACCUCAGGAUGGAGAUGUGAGUGCUCCGGAGCUGACCCCUCUGAAGAAAAGCUGGUCUAACGACAGCGGGGCAGAAGACCAGAGGCCGCUAAAGAGGGCCAAAACCCAACUAACAUUUUGAACCAAAAGGAACCUGGUUUUCUUCUUGUUCUUACUCCUUUUUUGAUAUUAUUAGAUGAAAAUGGGAUGGCUUAAGGCCUUUUUGGGUACAAUCCACAUUGUUAACCAAAAAAAGGCUUGCACGUUUUGACCUGAAAGCAUUUUUGGAUUCUCCAUUUAAAAAAUAUUAAGGAAUGAAUACUAA